CCACGAAUGUCACUCUACCAAUAAUUAUCGCAGUCUACUUCGUAUUAAUAAAGAUACGGAGAAAUUCCAAAUGUCAUCGUCUGAUCCGAAUUUCAACCGAGGCAAUAAUACCUCGAGAAUACCAGGUAAUGCCGGAUAUGUCAGCCUGCAAAAACGUUAGAGUUUCAGACUUUCAGUCUCGGAUGAAGCAGAUUCCGUUUCGAAAGCAUACAUUCCAGACGAAUUUGAUGCAAAACCAUCCCAUGCUGCUAUGCAAUCUACUUUACGAGUCAAUGACCCCAGAUCAUAGGUGAGGAGGUAGGCUAUGCUCUAUUUUCAUUAUAGAAUAUGGAACUAUUUAUGCCCGAGCACUUUUAUCUUUUCAUCUUCAGACGACAUACAUUAAUAAGGGUCGCUUUUCUGAAUCUAUAUUCUUCGUAGAUUUCAGUUUUGUAUACGAGUUCAAUUGAAGUUUCAUUGCAGAAUUUAUUGAGAACUUGGUCAGGAAGGGAUUCUGAAUUAUACAUUUCAAAGCAUAGUCGGCUCUGAAGAUAUGGAGAAGUGCACAGAAGAAAAGAUUGCGCCACAGCAUAAAAGUGCGUGGUUUGGAUUCAUCAAGUCGAUAGCAACAUUCAAAGGCGAUCUUUCAACGCUCACAGCGCCUCCAUUCCUCCUCUCUCCACAAUCAAUCGUCGAAUUUCCUACCUACUGGGCAGAACACCCAUCUCUGUUCAUCGCACCCACAAAAUCAGAGUCUGCUGAAGAAAGAGCAUUAUUAGUAUUGAAAUGGUUUAUCAGUACAUUGAAGUGGCAGCAUAGUAAUCGAGAUGAAAAUGGAAAGAAGAAGGGGAUGAAACCCCUCAAUCCAUUUUUAGGAGAGUGUUUUAUGGGUUCUUGGGAAGAUGAUGGGGAGGGUACCGGGAAAACAGAUUUGGUUGCUGAGCAAGUCAGUCAUCAUCCACCAGCUACAGCAUAUAAUAUCUCGAACGAAAAACAUGGUGUACAACUCCAAGGCACCAUCGCUCCACAAUCCUACUUUAGCUCAACGGUACACAUUGAACGGAACGGCUACUCCCUUCUAACCCUCUCUCAACACAAUGAAACACAUUUAAUUACUAUGCCGCCUGUACAUAUAGUCGGCAUCAUGUCUGGCUCUCUUAAUCCUGAAUUGAGCGGCACAUCCUAUAUCCGUUCCUCAUCCGGUUUCACAACUCGAAUAUCAUAUUCCUCGAAAGGCUGGAUCAGUGGAACACCUAACACAUUCUCCGCAAUCAUAUAUGAAGAUGGACGCGAGAAUACUGCAAUAUAUAAAGCUGAAGGACAAUGGAGUGGGGAAUCCAAAAUCAAAGACAUGAGAAGUGGAAAACGCAUAUCGCAAUUCAAUGUGCAUUCGUUGAAGAGGAAAUCGCUAAAAGUUAAGCCGAUCGAUCAGCAAAAGGAGUACGAAUCGAGAAGAGCCUGGCGUCAUGUUACACGAGCUAUUAAUGAAAACGACAUCUUUCAAAUUGGGAAAGAGAAAGGGAAGAUAGAGAAUGAACAGAGAGAAUUGAGGAGGAAGGAAAAGGCCAAGGGAAUAGUUUGGGAAAGGAGAUUUUUCGUCAAGGUGGGAAGGGAUGAAGUUGCGGAACGAUUAGUGAAUGGUCUAGAGGGACUGAGUUUGGAAAGUGGGGGUGGGAUUUGGAAGUGGGACAAGGAGAGGUAUAGGGCUAUAGAGACUAGGGCUAUAGAGACUAGGGAUACGGAAAGGAUGAGGAAAACGGAUGAUACGAAGAAUCCGUUGGUGACAAGAUGGGAAUCAGGGGUUAUGGUUACGGAAGUUAGUGUCUGAAUAUUGGGUUGGGUAGGAUUAUGUGCUGUAAAUAGUAACGACUACUAGAUAAUGAAUAAACU